AUGUUCCGCGGCGGAGCCACUGGAAUGCCGCCCGGCGCUCCGAUGCUCGCGCCGCCCCCGCAACAGUCCCUCCCGCAGCCACUGCCGCCCAUGCCAUGCGAACUAUCUGCCAGAGAAAAGUAGGCUUUUGACCAUUUUACAGUAUUUUUGACAUUUUAAUGCGAAAGCGCUCUUUUUGUGAUCUCCGUGGCCUAAUUUCUCAGAGCGCAUUCACUUUGAAAUGCCUCGAUAGCAUUGAAAAAAGGAGAAAUUCUCUCUAAACACCCCUUUAAAUCGUGUCUUCAGACUGUCGUCGUACGUCUACGAAUACCUGCUGCAGUCGGGCGCCACAAAAACGGCCGAAUCGUUCAAAGAGGAGGUGCUGGGCGGUCAGGCGAGUUCCCUGCUGACGCCCCCGCAACAACAGCAGCAGCAACAGACGCCGAAUCCGAUGAAAACGGGCGAAAAGGGCUCAUUUCUGUUGGAUUGGUGGCUCCUUUUCUGGGAUUUGUGGUCGGCGGCGCCCGAGCGGAGGGAGCACGCCGACCAGUUCUCGCCCGACGCCAAAUACUUUAUCGACGUACGUUUUUUAGAAAGGUCCGGGGAAAUUUAUUGAUUUUUUCCGAAUUGCAGAAUAUGAUUCCGAUGCCGCCAAUGAUGAACGGAGGACAUGUAAGUUUUUGAAUGAAAAUCACCAAUUUCACACAUUUCUGUUUGCAGUUUGGCCCACCGAUGGGAAUGGACAUGAUGGGCGGUCAUCCGGGCGCGUUUGGCCGGUUCGCACCGCCGCCCGGUCGAAUGGGACCGGCCGGAAUGGCGCCCGCAGGAUUCCAUAUGUUCGCGCCGGAUCCACGCAUGCAACGGAUACCACCGCCGCCGGGACCCGGACAACAGUUACGGAUGGGACCGCCGCAGGCGUUCCCCGGAGGACCGCCCGGAGGUAUGUAUUGCAAAUUGCGAGAAAUGCAGUUGGAAAAUGUGAUAUUCACGAAUUUGAAUCAAGAAUGACCGUUUGACGCAAAAUUUUCCAGAUUUACGUGAAAGAUACCUUUGGGAAAGUCAUGUGAUCGAAUUUUUCCUUUUCCAUUUGAAUUCCUUCAAGUUCGCUCUCAAAAUCUAAAAUUUUAAAGCCUCAUCUUUUUUUGCUGAACUUUGACGAACGAGAAAACCCAGAGAAUCCGACAAAAUGGCAUCUUUUUUUGCAGAAAUGCCAGGAAUGCGGUACGAUUUCAUGCCGCCACCGCCGGGCCAGUUCGCAUCGAGCGGCGGAAUGAUGCCGAACGGCGGGAUGAUGUCCCUCAAUUCUCCGAACAUGGGACCACCGCCCGUCGGGGAUCCUGGCUCGAUGCCGGGCGCGUUCAUGGGAAUGCCGGCCGCAAGCUCGGCGGGUCUCUCGUUCGGCAUGUCGACCGAGCAGCCGAUGUCGGCAGGACCGCCCGUUGGACCGGGGGGACCGGGCACGCCGGGAAUGGGUGGCGCCGUGCAGAACCCGGGCAGCAUCCCGCAAGCGACCUCGGUCGGGUCGGUCGGCACGCCCGGCUCGCAGGUGCCGAAGACAGAGCCGGCGGCGAACGGCGACGACGUGAAAAUGGAGGCGCUGACGCCGACGGGCGGCGCGGGCAGUGUGCAGAUGAACGGAGGGUCUGGCUCGGCGCCCGGCUCCGCCCACUCGGCCAACAACAAUGUGAAUCCGGGAACGCCGGGCAAUCCGCUCAGCAAUCCGCUCAGCAAUCCGAUGAGCAACCCACCACUUUCGACCGGACCACCGCCCGCCAGUGCAGACACUUUCAAGGUACGGUUCGGAUCUUUAAACUGAAAAAUACUUGCUUUUGUGAGAAAUGUGAAACCUGACAAAUUUUUCGUGUAUGCGCUAUUAGGGGUGUAUUUGACUGCAAUCGCGCUCUACCGCGCACCACGUGAUUCGGUGCUAAAUUGAAAAAGGUCUCGGUUCACGUGGGAUUGCGGUAGAGCGCGAUUGCACACAAAUGCCGUAUAUCGAAAAGUCUAGUUUUCCUCUCCAUUUUCCCCUCAAAGAGCCUCUCCAAUUUGCAGGACGACAACGCGAUCACAAAAAUCCGCGACAGUCUUCUGGACGGUUUCAAGAACGAGACGACGGAAGAGUGGGGAGACAAAUCGCUGCAAUUUUCAUAA